GCCUGGGUUGCUGUGCUCUCCGCGCUGCGAGGAAGCGGCUUCAUUCGCGGCGGCUGCAACGUGUCGGAUCCACGGCUGCUGCCUUCGCUCCGGUCCGCCAAGGCUGCUGAGGAGCCCAGUGGAGGAGGAGGAGGAAGAGAAGGAGGAGGACUGCCUCCGCCAGCUGCGGCUGUGCAACCGUGUAGAGAUCCCUCAAGAAGAAGAGAAGAAGAAGAAGAAGAAAAAGAGAUCUCUCCCCCCCCCAAAAUCUCUCCUCGCCUGCUUGGAGAAAUCGGAGUGGAUUUUGCUGUCAAGAUGAAGGGUUGUCAAAAUGACUAUGCGGAUGGAUGCACAGAGGCAGCUGCAAAACCCAUGACCAACUCUUUCAAGGCUGAUGAUCUUGUCAUCAAUCCGUCUACCACGUUGAAAGAAAAGCCGGACCCAAAUGGCUUAGUAUUUGGAACAGUUUUCACAGACAACAUGCUCUUCAUUGAAUGGUCCUUCACAUCUGGAUGGGACGUUCCUCAGAUUAAGCCCUUGGAGAAUCUCUCUGUGCACCCAGCCAUCUCAGCACUGCAUUAUGCUGUAGAACUGUUCGAAGGCAUGAAGGCAUAUCGAGGCGUAGAUGGCAAAAUACGCUUGUUCCGACCAAGACUCAACAUGGACAGGAUGUUACGGUCAGCUGCGCGAGCAACUUUGCCGGGUUUUGACAAAGAAGAACUUCUGCAGUGUAUCCAGAAACUGGUGGAAGUUGAGAAGGAGUGGGUACCCUAUUCAACCUCUGCUAGCUUGUAUAUCCGCCCUACUUUAAUUGGGACAGAGCCAUCCCUUGGAGUCAAGAAGCCAUCAAGGGCCAUUCUCUAUGUGAUACUCAGCCCUGUGGGGCCCUACUUCUCAAGUGGGACCUUCAACCCCGUCUCCUUGUGGGCAGAUCCAAAAUACGUCCGAGCUUGGAAAGGUGGGACGGGAGACUGCAAAUUGGGAGGGAAUUAUGGCUCUUCGAUUUAUGCCCAACGUGAAGCCAUGGAAUUGGGGUGCCAGCAGGUCCUCUGGCUUUAUGGUGAUGACCAUCAAAUCACAGAAGUCGGGACGAUGAAUCUUUUCCUAUAUUGGCGAAAUGAAGAUGGAGAAGAUGAGCUGGCAACCCCACCUCUGGAUGGCAUCAUUCUUCCUGGUGUGACGAGGCAAAGCAUCUUAGAUCUGGCACGCAAGUGGGGUGAAUUCAAAGUAUCAGAGCGAUACAUUACUAUGAGUGAUCUCACAACUGCCUUGAAGGAAAAGAGGGUGAAGGAGAUGUUUGGGGCUGGGACAGCUUGCGUUGUAUGUCCUGUUUCAACAAUACUAUACCUGGGAGAGAAUUUGCAAAUUCCAACCAUGGAGAAUGGACCUCAAAUAGCAACCCGUUUCUGGAACCAGCUAAGUGAUAUUCAAUAUGGAAGAGAAGACAGCGACUGGACAAUCGUGGUCUCAUGAAUGUGAGGGAUGAGAGCAUUUCAGCCUUCUGCAAGCACAACCAAGUGUUUGAACUACCACCUGAAUGAUGACCAGUUUUACUGUAGCUCUGUUAGAGUAGUCUGUGUAUUAUCACUUUAAUCCUGAGCUGGGGAGUUGGGUCCACAUGCCAGGAAAUGAAACUUAGGGCUAUCAUUUCCAGGCUGCAAACAUCAAGUUGAUCACAAAAUAGCAGGAACAAGCUUUCUUUCCACAUCUCUUUGCUGCUAUGUUGUGGUCAAACAGAUUUUCGCAGGCCAGGGAAGGUAGCCCUAGUAAGUACAUUUUUUUCUUCUGUGAUUUUGGUCUAGAAUAGAAAUCUGUCUUCUGGUGGAGGUGCUAGAUGUCAACAAUAGAGACGCUCCUAACACAACCCUUGGUGUCCCUUAUAUCCUUGGUACAGUGGACAACUGUGUCUAGAAGUUCUUCAACUGUUCUUCAUUGCAAGCCAAAUACGCAUCACUUUUUAACCAGAUUGUUACAUGACUAUUUGCCAAAUGAUUGAGAGUAAAUUUUUCACUAUCUCCUUUCUCGUCUGCAACCUUAGAAAAUGAAAGAUUUAUUUUUCAUAAGACAGAUAGAUAGAGUAAAUGCAGUAAAUAUUUCCCCAUCCCUUGAUUUUUCCAGCUUUAGGACAAUUGUUCUAAUUUACAGGACUUUGAAGAAUCCCAGUUUUUGAUCACUGACUAGAAUCACAUCUCACAGAUGAUAAUUCCCAAACUGGGCUUGAUUUCUCUGAUGUCUAAAGGAAUUUUUUCUCCUCUCAUUAGUAGGUGACUUCUACCAUUGCCAAACUAUGGAAAGUUUCUGUAAAGUAAGUUAUUUGAAUGCAGAAUAAUAAGUUGGUUGAUGGCAUAGCCAUCUAUAACAUUUUAAAUAAGGCAGGUUUUAGAGAUUUUCCAGAUACCAGAUUAGGGCCCAAUCCACCAUGCUUGAAAUCCUUUAGAAAGAGAAAUUGGUGGCUUCUACCAUCCUCCCUUUGUCUCAGCUUUUCUUGGAGACAUUGACUUUAAAAUCUCACCCUUCCCUUUGCGCAGUCUUGAAAUCACGACACCACAAUGAUCAGAUGUGUUAGAAAAGAUUCCUGAUUCUCUGAAUAAGCUUUAAUAAUCUACUGUAUCAAAUUAGAUUAAACAAGAUGUUACUGAAGUAUCUUGAGAUAUGGGAAGGCCUCUAAAUCAAGUGUGAGCUGACCCUUAACUUACAAGAUCUACUUUGAUCUUCCUUUUCUUUUUCCUUUGAUUUCCACUAGACUCUCCCAAGAUCCACAAAACUGGAUCAAGUUAUAAAAUAAUUGUUUGGAGCAAUGGUUCCCAACCUUUGCUUUAUCAUGCUUUAAAUACCUUUUGUGGCCAUGGACCCCCAAGACUUAACUCAAGAUUUAAAUCAUAACAUUUUUUUCAUUUGUGGACCCCUCCCCCCUCGUGACACCGUGACCUCCCCCCAGAGGUCUACAGGCCACAGGUUGAGAAUCACUGGUCUGGAGGAAGCAGACCACUCUGAAACAUAUUGCUUUGGUUAAUUUUAAAUUUUCCCUUUUCUGAAUAUUACGGUCAUCUACUAAAGACAGUUUUGAGGUCUUGGCUUAGUGCCUUUUGAGUCUGAGCUUGAAGGCACCUGAGCUUUAAGACAUCUCUUGCCAAAGAAGUUACAUACAACAGUGUUCGGCACAUACUCACAUUUCUUGGACCAAAUAUUUCUUGAGUUAACUGGCAAAAUAGUCAAGGCUUUCUUUUUGCUAGGAUACUCACAGGGACUAAUAAAGUUCACCCCCGUCCCUCAUAUAGAGAGAAGGGCCUUGAUUUGGGAAAAUUCUAACUCUGCUUCUUACACCUUGAACCUACCUCUACUUAGUGAUUGAUCAAGGCUGAGACUAUACCCAACUUUCCCUGUGAUCUCAUAGGCACCUAAAAUUUUUAGGAGAAAGGACGUGACAAGACGUUACCAAUUCAAGAUGCAGGUCAUGGUAGUGAGGAGAUGAUUUUGCACGCAUCCCACACAGUUGUCUCACUGUGACUACAAGGAGAAGGCCUGUUGUAGCCUACUCCCUUACGCAUACGCAAAAGCAUUUUAAUACCCAAGGGUAUUCGUUCACGCUCAUCAUGCCCCACCAUGUGCCAAAAUAAGGAGACCCGUUCAACAGCAUCAUGUCAAAUGUUCUUUCUGGAACAUUUUAACUGGAUCUUAAAAUCUGUUAAUAUGGAUUCUUUACAUUUUGAGCCAAUACUCUUUAGUUAUAAUAUCCCAUGUUGCGGUAACGUUUCCCAUAACCACCUUAGUGCAAAGCAAAACUUUCUGUAUUGUAUGACUUCACGGUGCAUUAAUCAGCAAAGGCCUUCCAGAAAGAUGUCAUACUUUAAAACAUUAUCCUUUCAUCGAAGACCAGUUGAAGCUGAUGAUGCUGGAUGGAGUUCUGUUUAGAACAGUUUUCUCCAGGGUGGUUCUUCCAGGUGUGCUGAGAUUCCCAGGCCAAGGUUUCUCAACCAACAGGAAAUUCUCAGAAUUGGAGUUCCUACAAUUCAAGUCCACCAGGAUGGGGUAAGGAUGGUCUAAGAACAGACUACUAGUUCUCCACCUGGGGGACUUGAAGAUGUGUAGACUUCAACUCCAGUAUUCCCCAGCCAACCAUGCUGACUAUAGAAUUAUGGGAGUUGAAGUCCACACAUCUUAAAUUGAGAAGCAUUGAAAUAGACACAAUAAGCCAGGGGUGUUCAAACUUUAAGACUUUUGGACUUCAACUCCUAGCAAAGCUGGCUGAGGAAUUCUGGGAAUUGACGUCCACAAGUCUUAAAGUUGCCAAGUUUGGACACCCUGCAAUAAGCACAAGCUGUUUCCCAAUGAUGGUAGAUGUAACACCCUUCAUAUCGUCUUCUUGCCAGUAGAAUUUGUAUUGUGCUGCUAUCCUUGUUAGGUUCUGUUCCAGUUACUGCUAUCUAUCAUUGGUGAUGUGCGGAGUUUUGCUUUCCUUUUUCUUUGUCUGUUGUUGGCCACAUUGCUAAUUGGGAGGCUCAAUUAGUUGAUUAGUUUAGUUCUGAUCCUGAGUAAAGCUACUAUUGGAGCAGGACUAUCGUAAUAGAAGAGUGCCUUUUGACGAAGAGUAUGUGUCCGCGUUGAGAGUUUGACUUGCUGAGACCAAAACUAUGGAGUCAAUGUUUGGCAGAGACAAGAUUUGAAAAGACUGGUUGCUUCUGUUUCCCUGUCAAGAGGAUGACUAGGGGGAUCUAGGACAACUCGCAGUGACUAACUCACCAUGGCCAUCUCAUUUGUGGCCAACCUGGCAUGGCCAUCUCACCGCGGGACACUCGCCAUGGCCAACUUGCUGCGGGAUCACUUACCGUGGGACAAUCCAUGCGGGAUAACUCAGUGUGAUAAAUGUUAUCUGCAACUGUUUCUUUGACAUGAUUUCCAUUUUUGUCAAUGGGAAUAGUGUUGAAGGAGCAGUGGCAGAUAAUAUUUAUCACGUUGGGUUAUCCCCCUGGAAUAACUCACAAGUUGUCCCAUGGUGAGUUGGCCAUGGUGAAUUGUUCAGGGGUGCUAUUCAGCAGAUUCUGACAGGUUCUGGAGAACUGAUAGCAGCAAUUUUGAGUAGUUCAGAGAACUGGCAAAUACCACCUCCAGCUGGUCCCAAAGUGGGGAGGAAAUGGAGAUUUUGUAGUACCUUUCCCCUGGAAUGGGGAGGAAAUGGGGAUUUUGCAGUAUCCUUUCCCUGCUAUGCCCACAAAACCACACCACACCACACCACGCCCACCAACCCACAGAACCGGUAGUAAAAAAAAUUUGAAUUUCACCACUGCGAAUUGAUCCAGGGCGAGAUGACCAUGGCAAGAUGGCUGCAGCGAGUUGGCCAUGGUAAGAUGACCAUGGCAAAAUGGCUGUGGUGAGUUGUCCCAUUCCUUAACCAGGAAGGUGAGCACUUAACCCCCAUUCACCCUGAUUACUUUCCUGGAAUUUUCCUCCCCUAGUUACUUGCCCACUUCAAGUGAGCAAACUAGAUGGAAAGAAGGAGAAUUCCAAGGAAAAGGAACAAACAGGAAAAUAGCAGGUUUUUUUCUCCUCCAUUGGGGUGUAUCUCUUAACUGCAGUAGGGCUUUGGAUUCCCAGGUCAUCUUUGCAUGUGCCACUGAGCAUACAGCCCUCAACAAAGAUGUAUUUUCAUUAGCAACUCUGUCUGCUUAAAGGUUUUCUCUUGACAAGGACACAGAAGGAAAUGUUCCUCCUGUGUAGGGUGUGAUGGCGUUCACCAUUCCUGAAAACCACUUGAAGUGUUCUUAAACACUUUGCGUUGGCGCAGUGGUUAGAGUGCAGUACUGCAGGCUACUUCGGCUGCCUGCUGGCUGCCGGCAAUUUGGCAGUUCGAAUUUCGCCAGACUCAAGGUUGGACUCAGCCUUCCAUCCUUUGGAGGUCAGUAAGAGGAGGACCCAGAUUGUUGGGGACAACAUGCUGACUCUGUAAACUGCUUAGAGAGGGCUGUAAAAGCACUGUGAAGCGGUAUAUAAGUCUUAAGUGCUAUUGCUAUUGCUACUUGUCUCAAGGGAGUGCCAAAUUGUUUGCAAAUUGACCUGUCAUUCGAAUGGGCUGUAUGACAAUUCUCCAUAUCCAGCUUACCGUGGCCAGCUCACCACGGCCAACUUACCAAAGCCAACUUUUUGCAGGAGAACUUGCCUUAGGACAAGGGUUACACUAAUAUCAAGAAAGGGUGGAAUAGAAUCAUUAAAGAAAGGAUGCAAAAGGAGGGACAAAAUGAAACGUGAAGGACAAAAAUUAAAAUAUUUUUUAAAAUUUAUUUUUAAAUGAUUAAAUUGAAUUCUUCAAUUGUCCCGCAGCGAGUUACUGUUGUGUGGCAAGUUGUCCAACAGCAAGAUGGCGGUGGUGAGACGGCUGCGACGAGUUGGCCACAGCGAGUUGUCCCAUUUCCGGUGUCGAUGUUCCCUGUCUCAAAGGUGGUUUUUCAGAAGGCAACUGGAUUUUUUUUUUCUUGAGGAGGAAGAAGAAAACGUUUCGCUUCUCAUCCACGAAGCUCCAUCAGUUCCGAAUGUGAUGAAGCUUCUUGGAGGAGAAGCGAAAUGUUUGCUAUUUAUUCCUCGAGAAAAAAACAUCCAGUUCAGUGGUGGGUUGCUACCGGUUCUCCCUGGCUUGGGCGAACCGGUGGCAGCAGCAGUAGGCUUGAAGCAAAAGCAACGCACGAGCAAAACGGUAGCAAACUAAAUUGAAAUCCACGACUGCUCCAGUUGCCUUUUGAAAAAGCACCAUUGAGACACCUAUGACUUGGAUGACUGAGAACCUCCAUCUACGAAUGUUCCCUGUCUUCUCAGUAUUGGAUUUUGGGAAUUACAACCCGCAGGAAGCAAGAAUGGAACACUCAGAAUCCUAGGAAUGUUCUCCCUUUCUCUCUCUUUCCCCAAACAAAGCAUCCAGCCAGCACAAAACAUUCAAACCCACUAAUGGCCCACUUGCAAUGGGAUAACUUCAAAUUCCAAGCAUUUUGUAUCUCUCUUGUUGCAAACACGCAUGGUUUACCUCUGUUGCUCCGUGGCCAUAGAGCUUAAGUGGAAUGCACUGUUGUGUCCUUGAGACCCUCUACAAAAAUGGAUCCACCCUAAAUGAGAUGUGUUUUGUUUCAGCCUGUAAUUGCUAAAGGGGCUGGUUUUUAAAAGGUCUUUUCUUAAAUGUACAGGAAGUUACUCAGACCAGCAAGGGUAUUUUGAUAUUGCGUGACAAUCCAAUGAAAAAAAUAAAAUUAAAAAGUAGACCUU